CUCGACGCGAUCAUCCUCUCCCUCAGCGCGAGCAUCCUAGGCCUACUUAUUCUUCCAUUCUGUUGCCUCAACAAAUGGCCGACAAUGCGCAGCAAAUGAACAUCUUCGUCGACUCGUCAGGCCGACCUCUGCAUGUCUUCGUGGAGACUUCCGAGUUUGCCCAACGCCCAAAGCUCAUUCGUGAUCUGCGAAGGGAUGGGGCUAUGAUCGCCCAUUAUCCUUCUGAGGCACAGAUUAUCCUCGUCGAUAUGGAGACAAAUGCCGGAAAGCAAUUCGUCAACGACUGGGGUGCGGAACCGGGGAAAGUGGUCUUGCGUUGGGAGUGGGUGCACAAGUCGACUCAGGCGGGCAAAGCCCUGCUUGUCAAGGAUAAUUGGGGAGGUUGUCGCCAGCUGCCCAGAACGAACGGACAUGUGGCUCUUGUGGACCACCAACAGUCAGUCAAGAAGUCCUCUGCCCACUCCUCCCCCGAUAUCGCAGAUCCUCCUCCUCAGCUGGGGAGCAACAUGACCCUCCAGGCUGCUCUCCAAGCACUAUCUCAGGGUCAAAAUAUACCAUCGACAUCCUCAGGCCUCGAUCCCUCGGACAUUCAACUGCCAUUCGGGAUACCGGUUCCUCAGGUGCAACCUAACAGUAUCCCGCUGCCGACUCAGAACACCAUCGCGCAUAUACCCGCGCAUGUAACCCCCGAACUACUCAAUGCUUUGGCGAUUCUUCAAAAUACGAAUCCCACAGAUCUCCAGAGCCUGCUGACGCAACUGAACGUGCAGGGGUCUCAAGUACCCAACGUACCAAUGACAGAACCUGCGUUGAACUAUCUGGAGGCCUCGGACGGUCCCCAGCCACGUCCUUUGGGACUCGACGCGUCCGAUUUCAUGAGCCCCAGCUCAAGUUCGGCGGCCACACGAACGCCGCGGCCUUCCUUCCGGCGCUCCUCUGAUCCGCCCAGCUCCAUUCCAGCUAAGCGUCGACAGUCUAAGGGCGGUACGCCGUCCUCCUCCAUCUCCUCGCGUUCCAAGGGCAAGGAACGCGCUCACUCCCCCGAGCCACCGUUCAAGCAACGUCGUAGGAGCGACAGCUUCACAGACGACGACGACGACGACGACGGCGAUGAUAACGACGACACGUCAUCAUCCUUUCUUCCGGCCCCCGAUUCUCUCCGCAAUGCGGACGAAGUCUUCGUACACGACAACGGAGAACCAGUCGUAUUUUGGGUGCAGAUGGAGACGAAGCAACGCGGCGACUUGUUACAACUAAUCAAAAGAAACAAAGGCAGAAUAGUCGCGGAGCUCCAGGAUGCAGACUUGGCCGUGCUGGCGCAGAACUCCAAACCAUUCCCUCACUGGCUCAAGGUCGCCUCCCAAGCGGAUAAGACAGUCAUUCAAUCGAGGUAUAUCCAGGACUGUGUCAAACGAUCCGCGUUAUUAGACACGCAUGACUUCGGCUUUGAUGAGCUACCAGUGCCGCAGCGUGGCCGUCCGAGGAAGAACCCACAGGUUACGACUCCUAAGAAGGCCAGCGCGGCCAGCUCCCCUACCAAGGCUAAGGCUCCGUCAUCGGCUGGACGCUCCAGCAAACCGAUACAACAGACUACAGAGCAUGCGUCUUCAUCGCGGCCAAUACUAUACACUGCGGACGAGUGGGAGUACGUCCAGCUCUACGUCCGGAUACUACUGGCACGCGAUCCGGACAUGUCCCAAACAGCUAUGGGCGACACAUUCCACGAGAAGAUGCCUCAUCACACCAUAAAAUCGUGGAGAUCGUGGUUAUCCAAUGAGAAAAGAUCCGAAUUCAUAAAACAGGCGAGGAAACGCGCAUUCAUUGAAAGGCGGAAGGCUCAGCAGAUGUCGACGUCUCAUCCCGACAGCGAGCAGACGAAUGGGACGCCUGCAGGCCCCCCGGGGCCCCCUGCGAGCGUGUCAGAGGCCUCUGGUCGAGCCGCAUCAGACUAUGCUCGCGACGACGAUGAAGUCUGGGAGUGCCUGGCGAAAGAGGGUCCGUCACGUACUGCAGAACAAUGGCAAUUGCUCUGGGGGGAGAAGGGCGCAGAGAUUAACGAAGAAGUCCGUCGCCGACUAGAUGCAGAGGAAGCUGCGAUGCAGGCCAAUCAAGGUCAAUAGACGUGCGCGGGAAUUUCAUUAGCACCUCAACAGCCUUUGCGAGUUCGUUAGAAGAUGAUGGACUGUAUCAGUAGGCGGACCCUGGUACCAUAGCGGCGCUCUCAUGUUGUACGACCCAGUACUUUUACCAGGCAGUAUGCACG